AUGUCCAAGGCGUAUGACAGAGUGGAUUGGAACUUCCUUCUCCAUGUUUUAGAUGCGUUUGAUUUUUCUGCUAAUGUCUGUGAGUUAAUUAAGUCUUGCAUCUCUUCACCGUGGUUCUCUAUUAUGAUGAAUGGCACACCAUUGGGUUUCUUUAAAGGAGAAUGUGGUCUGAGACAAUGUGACCCUCUUUCGCCUUAUUUAUUCAUUGUUAUGCGAGAAGUUCUCUCUUGUCUUAUUAAACAGUCUUGUGAUAAUAAUAAGAUUGGUCAGUUCACUCAGGCUAGAGGUACUCCCCUGGUAUCCCAUCUUAUGUAUGCUGAUGAUAUUGUUAUUUUUGCUAAUGGUGGCAAGAGGUCUAUGAGAUCUUUGAUGCAGGUUUUGAAAUGUUAUGAAGGUUGGUCGGGUCAAAUGCUCAAUAAAGAUAAGAGUGCCAUUUAUUUUUCUAAAAGUAUCUCGCUUUCUAGGAAGGGAAACAUUAUUCUUACUACUGGUUUUUCUGAAGGGGGCUUUCCUUUCAAAUACUUGGGCGUGCCGAUUGUUGUUGGUAGACUUAAGGUUUGUGAUUUUGGUGAUUUAUUGGGCAAAGUUAAAAAGAAAAUUGCGGGUUGGAAGAUGAAAUUUCUUUCUGCGGGUGGUAGAACUAUUCUCCUGAGUCAUGUUUUGUCUAGUAUGGCUACACACCUCUUAGUUGUUUUACAUGUUCCUACUGUUGUGAUUAAGUCGCUAAACAGGCUUUUGAGUUCCUUCUUUUGGGGUGAAUCUGAUGGUAAAGAUAGGCGAAAGUGGGUGGCUUGGAAGGAAAUUUGCAGACCUAUAGAUGAGGGAGGUUUGGGGAUUCGGGAUUUCAGGGAUAUUCAAAGGGCACUCCAUAUGAAACUUGCUUGGCGGUUAAUCUCGGGUCAGUCUUUAUGGGCGGAGUUCUUUAAAGGCAAGUACGUCAGGGGAAACCAUUAUCUCUUCUGGCUCCUAAUAAGGGGACGAGAUUCUGGAAGUCUAUUGUGA